AUGGCCCAGUCGCCUCCUUCUCAGGGCCUCCCUGGCCUCGACCCCUGGGUCUUCUCCCAGAGCUGGGGCUCGGACUCCACGUCCCCAGCCUCAUCCUCGGAUUCAUCCGGAUCGUGUCCCUGCUACAUCACCCGCCGCCCCUCGCAGUCCGAGGGCCUGGCCCGCAGCGCGAGCAAAACCCAGGCCGCCCCGACGGCGCCCCGACGUGCGCGGCCCGCGCCCGCAGGAGGGCAGCGGCAGAGCGCCAGCGAGCGCGAGAAGCUGCGCAUGCGCACGCUCGCCCGCGCGCUGCACGAGCUGCGCCGCUUCCUGCCGCCGUCCGUGGCGCCUGCUGGCCAGAGCCUGACCAAGAUCGAGACGCUGCGCCUGGCCAUCCGCUACAUCGGACACCUGUCGGCCGUGCUGGGCCUCAGCGAGGACAGUCUGCGGCGCAGGCGCCAACGGAGUGCAGACACCGCGUCCUCGCACCGAUGCCCUCUGUGCCCGGAUGGUGGCAGCCCCCCGCAGGGUCAGACGCUUGGCACUGACCUGGGCUCAGCCAUCAGUAGUGGGGUGUCCUGGGGGUCCCCGUCCGUUUGUCCAGGACCCCGAGUCUCUCCUGAAAACCUAGGGAGCAGGAUCUCCAACGUGGAUCCCUGGGUGACGCCUCCUUAUUGUCCCCAAAUACAGUCACCCUUGAACCAGUCCCUAGGGAGAGCCCCUGACACCUCUCACUGGACACCACCCCAAGCCUAUUCUGGCACGCAGACAUCUCCAGAGCCUAGGAACAAGACCGGACUCUGGUCACCAUCCACUGCUCCUGCAGAGCUGACUGAAGUAUACCAGAGUCUUUCUGUGUCUCCAGAACCCUGCCUGUCCCUGGAAAGCCCACCCCUCCUGUACCGUCCUUCCUGCCAGAGACUACAGCCUCAGCCUCAGUGGGGCUGCUGGGGCCACAAUGCAGAGGUGCUCUCCAGCUCCAAGGACCAGGGUUCCAGCCCUGCAUCCCAGCUCCCUGCGGCCAGCCCCAUUCCAACCUCAGGCCUGCAGCUCAGUGGCUGUCCUGAACUUUGGCAGGAAGACCUGGAGGGACCCCCACUGAAUAUCUUCUACUAGUGGCCUGGCCUGUACCCUGUCAGUGUGGAGUCACAGCUGAUUGAGAGUGCCUUCGUCUACCUCUUCUGUGACAUUCUGAGUUCUCCUUAGCCGUGGAUUCCUUUUCCCAGGUGAUGCCCUUCAUUGAAACUGUCUGGAACAGAUAGAUAGUAGGUACCUUCCCUGACUGGAGGGGGCUAGGACAGUGCCCUCUACUUCUAGGUAUCCUUCUAGAGCUACUGCUCUCAACCUUCCCAAUGCCUCGGCCCUUUAAUACAGGUCCUCAUGUUGUGGUGACCCCAACCAUAAAAUUAUUUUCAUUGCCACUUCAUAGCUGUAAUUUUGCUACUGUUAUGAAUGACAAUGUAUCUAUGUUUUGUGAUGGCCUUAGGCAACCGCUGUGAAAGGGUCCAUUUCAACCCCCAGGGUGAGAACCACUGUUCCAAAGGCUCAAAGCCCUGCGGAGUCUAAACUGCUCUCAGAGUGGGGUGGCCUAGGUCUGGGCAGUAGAGCACAUCCAAGCUCUACUUGCUGCCCAGAAUCUUAUAUAUU